CCAAAAGAAAAAGAAAAAAGAGAGAAAACGGUGGGGCAUGCUUUGCAUCAAGGAUACUGUCUCCGCCCGAACAAGAAAUGUGGAGCGCUUUUCAAGUCUUUCUUCCACUCCGCAGCAUGAGUCUGUAGUGUUGCAAUGGUAGCAGGAGGGACCAUCAGACACCUUUCAAAGCUCUUUCUUUUGUAAUUUUCUUGGAAAUUACAAAAGACUAACCUAGACCACCACACUUGAAGCUCCCACUUAUAAUCAUGGCGGUUUCGGAGGAAGAGUGUUCGUCUGCCAAGUGCGGGCCGUCAUCGUCUUCCUCCAGCACAGCCUACUACCUUGCCAAGUGCGCUCUAAGAGCAAGCGUCGUUCUUCAGGUUCUUUAUGGCCACAUCCGUUCACCCUCCUACAAGGACGUUGUCUUCGGCAAGGGGGUGGCUACACUACACCCAUCUUACCACCCACCUGAGCUUGUCCCUAGCGGAGACGUCUAUGGAGUUGGUAAUGAUUGGCAAGGAUGGGAUUGUGCAAUCCGUUUGUGACCAGCCUGUUUUUGGCACGAUUAAAGAUCUUGCCAUGUUACCCUGGAAUGGGAAUUUUGGUGCACGAGAUCCAAAGUUGUGGGGUAAAGACCUUUUGGUUGUUAUAUCUGAUUCUGGGAAGCUGACAUUGCUUACAUUUUGCAACGAAAUGCACAGGUUUUAUGCUGUAACGCAUGUUCAGCUAUCUGAUGUGGGAAACACAAGGUAUCUUCCAGGAAGAAUGCUAGCUGUUGAUCCCAGUGGUUUUUUUUUUGCUGUAAGUGCAUAUGAAGAUCGGGUAGCUCUGUUUUCAAUGUCAAAGUGCAGAAGCAGUGAUAUCAUUGAUGAGAGAAUAACAUUCCCUUCUGAAAGUGAAGGGAAGGAAAGUAAUAGAACACCUGGCAUAGAAGGUACUAUAUGGAGCAUAUGCUUUAUUUCACAGGAUUCUGAGAAACCAAGUAAGGAGAAUACUCCUGUACUUGCUAUUCUUCUAAAUAGGAAGGGGGAAUUCCUAAAUAAGGUAGUUUUAUUGGAAUGGAAUAUUAAAGCACAAGCGGUUCAUGUUGUUUCUGAGUUUGUUGAAGAUGGGCCUCUUGCACAUGACAUUGUUGAUGUUCCCAAUUGCCCAGGACUUGCAUUUCUAUUCAGGGCUGGUGAUGCUCUCUUAAUGAAUCUGACAGAUGCUCGCUACCCAUGCCUUGUUUGCAGAACUAGCUUUACUUUUUCACCUAAUGCUGUGGAAGAGCUGACUUUUGUUGAAGACUCGUGUAAGUUACAAGACAUUGAUGAUGAAAGCUUUAAUGCCGCCGCCUAUGCUUUGUUGGAGCUGAGCCGUUAUGAUCCCAUGUGUAUAGAUAAUGACAAUGGUGUUCCUUAUUCAGGUUGCAAGUAUGUUUGCUCAUGGAGUUGGGAGCCUGAAAAUAGUGUAGUUUCUAAGAUGAUCUUUUGCUUAGAUAGUGGAGAGUUUUUCAUGAUUGAGAUUCAUUUUGAUUCUAAGGGUCCUCAGGUCAUUGUCUCAGAAUGUCUAUAUAAAGGUCUAGCUUGUAAAGUGCUUUUAUGGGUUGAGGAAGGAUAUCUGGCUGCAUUUGUAGAAAUGGGGGAUGGCAUGGUCCUAAAAUUGGAAGAUGGAAGGCUAUGCUAUACUAGUCCUAUAAAAAACAUUGCACCAAUAUUGGAUAUGGCAGUUGUGGAUCGUCAUGGUGAGAUGCAUGAUAAAAUCUUUGCUUGUUGUGGUGUGGCUCCUGAGGGUUCACUAAGGAUUAUUCAAAGUGGUAUAAAUGUGGAACGGCUUCUGAAGACUGCUCCCAUAUAUCAAGGGGUAACUGGUGCUUGGGCAGUUCAAAUGAAAGCUAUUGAUUCAUAUCAUUCUUUUCUUGUACUAUCAUUUGUUGAAGAGACUAGAAUAUUGUCGGUUGGAUUAAGCUUUACUGACGUGACUGAUUCAGUUGGUUUUGACCCUAAUGUCUGUACUUUGGCUUGUGGCCUUGUGAGUGAUGGUUUGCUUGGUCAGAUUCACCAAUGUGCAGUUAGGCUGUGUCUGCCUACUAAGGCUGCACACUCCGAAGGUACCCAUUUGCCCUCUCCUAUUUGCACAUUUUGGUCCCCAAGCAAUGCAAAUAUCAAUUUAGGGGCUGUUGGGCAUAAUUUUAUAGUUGUAUCAACCUCUAAUCCAUCUUUUUUGUUGAUCCUUGGAGUGAGAUGUCAAUCAACUUAUCAUUAUGAAAUCUAUGAAAUGCAAAGGUUGGAGUUGCAAAAUGAAUUAUCAUGCAUUUCCAUUCCUAGAAAAGAAUUUAAGCAUAAACAAUCAGAUUUGUCUAUGCCAGCAAAUUGCAAAUUCGCUGCUUCCUUUUCAAGUGGAUUCGACAUCAAUAAAUCCUUUGUUAUUGGCACACAUAGGCCGUCAGUGGAAAUUUUGUCUUUUACAUCUGAUAGAGGAGUUAGAUUUAUAGCUUGUGGGACAAUUUCAUUUAUGAGCACUAUGGGAACAGCUAUGAGUGGUUGUAUACCUCAAGAUGUCCGGCUUGUAUGCGUUGAUAGGUUUUAUGUUCUUGCUGGAUUAAGAAAUGGAAUGCUUCUUCGCUUUGAGUGGCCAUCAGACCAACCUAUUUCACCACCAGUGGAUGUGGAUACUGCUUUAUCUAAUAUGAAUUUCAUAAAUUCUGAGGAAAAUGUCUCUUACAAGGCAGACAACCUACCUGCCCCUCUCCAAUUGAUUGCUAUCCGUCACAUUGGCAUUACUCCUGUUUUCUUGGUGCCUCUGCGUGACACACUUGAUGCUGAUAUAAUUGUGCUAAGUGAUAGGCGAUGGUUGUUGCAUAGUGCAAGACAUAGUCUUUCUUACACUUCUAUCGGAUUUGAGCCCUCUACUCAUGUGACUCCUGUUUCUUCUGUCGAGUGUCCAAAAGGAAUUUUAUUUGUUGCUGAAAACAGUUUACAUUUGGUGGAGAUGGUUGAUAAUUUCAAUGUUCAGAAGUUUCAUUUGGAGGGCACUCUGCGGAAGAUCUUAUAUCACAGUGAAAGCAGGAUGGUGAUUGUGUUAAGAACUGAAUUGAAUUGUGAUACUUGCUCAUCUGACAUAUGCUGCGUGGAUCCCAUAAGUGGUUCAGUACUUUCAUCCUUUAAACUUGAACUUGGAGAAAUAGGAAAAUCCAUGGAAUUUGUGAGGGUUGGAGGUGAUCGGGUGCUGGUAGUUGGAACUAGCCUUUCCCUUGGUCCUGCCAUGAUGCCAAGUGGUGAAGCUGAGAGUGCCAAUGGCCGUCUUCUUGUUCUAUGCCUUGAACAUGGAAAAAAUUCAGAUAGUGGUUCAAUGAUGAUAUGUUCCAAGGCAGGGUCAUUAUCUCCAAGAACUUCACCCUUCCAGGAAAUUGUUGGAUAUGUCCCUGAACAGCUGUCAAGAAGUAGUCUUGGAAGUAGCUCUGAUGAUAAUGGCUCUAACGGCAUUAAACUUGAUGAAAAUGAUGUGUGGCAAUUGCAAUUGGCUUAUGCAACCAAGUGGCAAGGAAUGGUCCUUGCAAUCUGUCCCUAUCUUGAUCGCUACUUCUUGGCUUCUGCUGGCAAUGCUUUCUAUGUUUGUGGUUUUCCCAAUGAUAAUCCUCAGAGAGUUAGAAAAUUUGCUGUUGGAAGGACGCGUUAUAUGAUAACAUCUUUGACUGCCCAUUUUACUAGAAUCGCCGUUGGUGACUGUCGUGAUGGUAUCCUUUUCUAUUCUUACCAUGAGGAAGCAAGAAAAUUGGAGCAACUUUAUUGUGAUCCAUAUCAGCGGUUAGUAGCUGACUGCAUUCUCAUGGAUGGUGAGACUGCUGUUGUUUCAGAUCGUAAAGGAAACAUUUCUGUUUUAUGUUCUAAACAUUUGGAAGACAAUGCCAGUCCGGAAUGCAACUUGAAACUAAGCUCUGCUUAUUAUAUGGCUGAGGUAGCCAUGAGCAUGCAGAAGGGCUCAUAUGCUUACAGACUUCCAGCUUAUGACGUUUUGCAAAGUGGUGAUGGCCCUAAGACGUGUGGUGAUUCAUUUCAAAAUACAAUAAUUGCCAGCACUCUUUUAGGAAGCAUAAUGAUAUUCAUCCGUAUAUCAAGGGAAGAAUACGAGCUCUUAGAAGCUGUGCAAGCUAGACUUGUUGUCCAUCCAUUGGCUGCACCUAUUCUAGGAAAUGAUCAUAACGAGUUUCGAAGCCGGGAAAAUCCAGUUGGAACGCCAAAGAUACUUGAUGGGGAUAUGCUGACUCAGUUUUUGGAGCUAACAAGAAUGCAGCAACAGGCCAUACUAUCUUCAGAACCACCAGAUGUGAUAAAAUCAAGUCUCAAGCCAAUCCCACCUUCACAUUUUCAGCUAAACCAAGUGGUCCAACUUCUUGAGCGAGUUCAUUAUGCACUCAGCUAAAUACACCGUUUUUUUUUCCCGUCCUUUCCCCCCCUUUUUUUUGGCAUGGGGCGUGAAAGUGGUUUUGUAGCUUCAAUGGAGGAGAGUUGGAUGCUGUGUUCAUUUAUCGUGUGGCCUGGAACAAAUCAGUUUGCAUAAUGUGAGGUUAGCUAUGGAGCUACACUUCAUUAAUAUACGAGGGAUACUAGUUCAACCUAAAUAGUGUGGAAAGGGCUGGGCAGGUCUAUCUUGUGCUUUUGGUUAGAACGCUUCAACAGCUGUGCGGGGAAUACAGUGCUUGGGCGAGGUUGCGCUCCUCUCGGCCAGUACACACUAUUUUGUCAAUGUAUUUCUAUACAUCGUAGUGACAUUCGCAUUCCUUAGGCGCAACAAAUUGUGCAAUAGCCUGACUUGUGAGUAGCAUUCUUGUAAUUUUUUGUUUGAGAUAGAAAUAAUCAUUGUAUAUUCCUUAAUAAAAGAAUCUUGGCGUUUGAGCGCUUUUGGCUUGGGCCAUAUUUC